GCUGCAAUUCGAAGAUUCAAGCCACUCUUUGACAGGAUUUUGGUAGAAAAAUUCCUACCAGAAGUAGUAUGUAUUGUUGUUCAUUCUUUUGCACAACCAUAUGCAUUAUAAAUUACGAUGCAAGCAGUUCCUUAUUGUACUAAUAGGGGUGGCAAGUGAUAACUAGAAAAUUUUGGCACUGGGAAGAUUAUAAGCCAACCCACAGGCAGACCACCCUCUGUUUGUGUGGCUGUUGUCGUUAUUUAAAUCCAAGUAUCAUUAUUUUGUACUCAACUGAAGAAAAUAAAGAUUAAUGUUAUGGCAGCUACAAUUUACUCCAAAACCCUGAUUGGAGCCCCGCGGGGGGGGGGGGUACUCCCAUACAUUACCUAUACGGGUAUGUGCCGCCCAACGGGGUCGUGAUUUUGAAGCUCCUGAUUUAGAACGGGGUAUCCAUUUCAGGGGCGUUUUCUAGAACGGGGUAUAAUAUUUCGAACGCACGAAAGCUCCAGUUUUGUAAGCAGCCAUUUGAAAUUAUUCAAGACAGAUUGCUUUUAAAAAUAUGGUUCAAUGCAUUAACAAGCAAACUCUUGUACUCUUUGCACCCUAGAACGGAGUAUAAAAAAUUGGCCUAAUUCUAGAACGGGGUAUCAAUUUUAGGGGAAAUUUUUUUUAGAACAGGGUGCCAAUUUGGAGGCCCGGGCGGCACAUACCCCCCCAAAAAAUACCCAAGGCCCCCCCCCCCCCCGUGGGAUUGGAACCUAAAUGUUCAAGCCAAUUUCAAGCAAAACGUUAACUUAGGCAACUUUGCUGCAAGGUACCUGUUGGCUGAUGCAGUGGCUGAUCCAGGGGAUCUCCCCCCCCACCUUAUUUUUAGACCAAACUGAGGACCAAACGGUUGAAAAAAAAUUUUUUGGAGAUGUGCCCCCACUUAUCUCAGGGUCUGGAUGACCGCCCCACUCCCUUAUCUAAAGGUCUGGAUCGGCCACCGGGCUGAUGUACAUUGGGCACUAUCGGUCGACAUUGGCUGUUACUUAAAGGGCAUUUCAAUUGACAUGCAUACCAGUAAAUAUUAGUUUGAUAAGGCGCCAAAUUUCAGCCAAUUUCCUCGCAGAGGUUAUCCACCAGUGUUGCAGCCAACACCUCAGUAGACUGUCAGUCGACUUAUCAAAGUUACAAGCAAACAUUGGGCAGCUAUCGACGGAUAGACUGCAGAGGCCGACAUUUUCCACACAGUGGUCAGAUUCAGGACUGAUACUGAACUGAUACUAAAUUGACAUCUCAAUCUGUCUGAAUGUGAAUAAAAAAAAUCAUAACUGGUUUAUGAACUUCACUUUUUUUUUUUCCUUUUUUAGAAAACCAAAGGAGGAGUUCUUCUUCCUGAGAAGGGUCAGGGGACAGUAUUGGAGGGGACAGUGAUUUCUGUGGGACCCGGUGCUAGAGAUAAAGUGAGUUGAAGAACCUCAGCGAGUGGACAGUGAUUGGUGAUAACCUAAUACUGCACAUUAAAAGAUGCCAUUGCAGUAAACUCUUUAAUUAUCCUAAACAAGGGAUUAAUUUCAGAUCAAGUUUGUAAAUAGAUAAUCUAUCAAGUUUGUAAUUAGAUUGCAACAUUUAUUUUAAAAAAAGCUACCAGGAUUUAUUACAAGACAUGGUCUGAACAACCUGGUGAUAAAAAAGAAAAAGUAGCACUUGCCAGCAUGACCCAGUAUGUAACCUUAUUUGUCGCAGAUUAACUUGUUAAUAAUUUUGUCAAAAUUUGCAUUGCACAUGGAAUGUGCAUGGAUCAGAAACACGAACAGGCUUUAUAUAUAUUUAUAUAUCUUUACUUCUGGUUGGUUAUUGCUGCCAGUGAUGUCAUCAAUACAUGACAUCCAGUUGCAUUAAGGUUUCAAAGCAACACCUCCGCUGGGCGCACUAUCAUAUUUUAUUCAUGAAAGGCAGACAUGUUUAUCCAUCCUCUGUAAAAAAAUAAGUUUACUGAUUUGGUGAAUUGCGACCAAUUCUCACCAUGCUAAUGCCAGGAACUACAAACUGUACAACGCCCUCUGCAAGAGACUUAGCAACGAUUUAUGUUCCUCAAAUGCGAUGAAAUGAGUUAAAGUUCAGCUUUUACCGUCAAAACCCUGCUUAUUUUGCUCAAAUGUAUCUUCGAAUAUUUCUUGAUAAAUACAGCUCCACCAGCUUCAAACAGCAUCUACCAGCAGAAUUUCAUGUAGAAAAGCCUUGAGAUAAUAGUUAAACACUUGCGUUUAACAUUUGGUGACAUGGCUUACUUUUUUCAUACAAAUCAUGCUGGGCGCCCUGAAUUUGACAAUUUCAGAGCACAGGGCUCCCUCCAGUUUUUCUUAGAGCACAGCCUUACAUUUUGUAAUGGAAAGGGUAUUCAUUCUAGAAAUGUUUUGACAGGUAUACUAGAAAAUUAGUUGCCAUUAUUUUAUAUAUUCUUUUGUUUAACUCAUUACUUGACUUUUCUUUGUUCUUCCAGUCAGGUAACAUUGUUCCCAUAAGCGUGAAUGUGGGUGACAAGGUUUUACUCCCAGAGUAUGGUGGAACAAAAGUGACCAUGGAGGAAAAGGUU